GCCGACGAGCGACUUGCAGUGCCUUAUGAGGUCAUCACAGCGCGACAAGCUGCAGUUAGGGCAUCCUGGAUGCGAUUUUCUAUUUUGUACAUAUAUUAUUUUGUAUAUACUGUAUAUGAUGACUUCGGUGACCAGUGACCGUUCCCGAGGUGCUCGGGAAAAACCACAGAUUUCGGCAACACAGGCAACACAACCACAGAAACAAGUAGUACGGGCAACAGCUGAACAGAUGCGUCUCGCUCAGGUGAUCUUUGAUAAGAAUGAUUCAGACUUUGAAGUUAAAGUUAAACAGCUUAUGGAAGUGACAGGAAAAAAUCAGGAUGAAUGCAUAGUGGCCCUACAUGACUGUAAUGGAGAUGUGAACAAAGCUAUCAAUAUAUUGCUGGAAGGGAAUUCAGAUACAACAUCAUGGGAGACUGUAGGGGGUAAGAAGAAGAAUUUUGGGAAAGAAAGUUCAGAAAACAAGGAGAAUAGAGAGAAGAGAAGUGAGAGGGAAGCGAGUCGUGGACGUGGAAGCAACAACAACCGAAAAGGAAGAGGCGGCAAUCGUGGCAGAGAGUUUAGGGGCGAAGAGAAUGGAAUCAAUUGCAAUCAAGGGGACAAGUCUUCAGAUCGUGGCAAACGAGCCCAUGGUAGAGGAUUUGGACGUGGCAGAGGGAGAGGGGCUGGAAGGUUCUCUACUCAAGGAAUGGGGACAUUUAAUCCUGCGGACUAUUCAGAUUCUCCAUCCACAGUUGGAUGUGGGACAAAACCAGUAGUUUGGGAAGCUGCUCAGAACGGUACAGAUGAGGGAACGGGAGCCUGCCCCCUCAGGUCCCCAGUGUACUCAAACAGCGCCCCCCGCCCCCACAACCUUGGGAGAGAAAUGGAUUUUGCAGGGGCCUGGAAGAAUUCUGUGGAAGAGUGGACAACAGAAGACUGGACAGAAGAUCUUUCUGAAACAAAGGUCUUUACUGCUUCAUCUGUUCCAGCAGAGAACCAUGUCAUGCCUGGGCAAAGCAUUGAUCUGGUAGCCUUGCUCCAGAAGCCUACUCCUCCCAGUCAAGCCUCAGAAGUGAACUCCUUUGAAUCUUCCCAACAGCAGAGCUUUGGCCAAGCCCUUGUCUUCACAAAUUCUCAACACAACAAUCAGAUGGCACCAGGGACUGCCAGCUCCACAGUUGUCAACUCCUAUUCGCCUCAGAGUCUGUCAUCCGUCCUUGGUUCAGGAUUUGGAGAGCUUGCACCUUCAAAAAUGGCCGGCAUCACCAGCUCCCAGAUUUUGGACCAGUUGAAAGCUCCAAGCUUGGGCCAGUUCACCACCCAGAGUUCACAGCAGAAUAGUACAAGUCCCCCAACAACCACUUCUUCUUGGGACCUCAAGGCCACAGCAUCCCAGUCAUCAGUCCUCAGUCAUUUUGACUUCAAAUCUCAGCCUGAGCCAUCCCCAGUUCUUAGCCAGUUGAGCCAGCGACAGCAGCACCAGACCCAGACAGUCACUGUUCCUCCUCCUGGGUUGGAGUCCUUUCCUGCCCAGGUAAAACUCCGAGAAUCAGCAUCCAGAGACAGUACCUCCACUGUGAACAAACUCCUGCAGCUUCCCAGCAUGGCUGUUGAAAACGUUGCUGUGUCUACCCACCAACCACAGCCGAAACACAUCAAGCUCCCUAAACGACGGAUACCUCCUGCCUCUAAGAUCCCAGCAUCUGCAGUGGAAAUGCCUGGUUCAGCAGAUGUCACAGGAUUGAAUGUUCAGUUUGGCGCCCUGGAAUUUGGAUCAGAACCCUCUCUCUCUGAAUUUGGAUCAGCUCCAAGCAGUGAAAAUAACAAUCAGAUUCCCAUCAGCUUGUAUUCAAAGGCUUUAAGCGAUCCUUCAAAUACCUCUUUACCAGUGACCAGUGCAGUACAGGACUCCACCUAUACAACUUCUGUCGUUACUUCCUCCAGUCUGACCAGCUCAUCCCUGAGCUCCACUAGUCCAGUAACAACGUCUUCCUCCUAUGACCAGAGUUCUGUGCACAACAGGAUCGCAUACCAAAGCUCCAUGAGUCCAUCAGAGUCAGCUCUAGGAGCCAUCGUGAAUGGACAUGGUGGUGGUCGAAGUCAGCAGACCCUAGACACUACUUCAUCCGUUCCAGCUCCAAAGACAGCAGACACUCCCUCCACCCUUCCAUCUGUGGCCUCCCCGCCCAGCACCACCUCCUGCACUACGCUGCUACCUUCUGCAUCCCAGCACACCGCCACUUUGCCCUCCUUAUCUCAGCCUGGAGACCUAUCCAGUGGCCCCCUCUCUCAGCUUAGCAGUUCACUCUCCAGCCAUCAGAGCAGCCUCUCCUCCGCUCACGCAGCUCUCUCUUCGAGCACAUCGCACACACAUGCCAGUGUGGAGAGCACCCCUUCCCUCCAGUCUUCGGCCACCUUGUCAACGGCAGCAACCUCCGCCACGAGUGCCACCUCCUCAGGGGUCAGCCUCCCCAGCACCAUGAACACUGCGAAUAGCCUCUGCCUGGGUGGGACCACUGUGAGCACACCCAGCAGCAGUACCAGGGCUGCGCCCUUAGUGACCUCAGGCAAAGCGCCCCCCAACCUGCCCCAGGGGGUGCCUCCACUGCUGCACAACCAGUACCUCGUGGGCCCAGGAGGACUGCUUCCCGCCUACCCGGUGAGCGCACGGUGGAGCUCCUGGCCGGCCCCAGCCCCCCUGGCCUCAGGGGCUGGCACCUGGCAGGACCUGAUUUAUGGCUAUGAUGAGCUCCAGAUGCUGCAGUCACGGCUGCCGAUGGAUUACUAUGGAAUUCCCUUUGCCACGCCCACAGCCCUUGCCAGCCGAGAUGGGAGCCUAGCAAAUAAUCCAUAUUCAGGUGAUGUCACAAAGUUUGGCCGAGGUGACUCUGCGUCCCCCGUGCCCCCUACCACGCUGGCUCAGCCACAGCAGAGCCAGUCUCAGAGCCACCACACGGCCCAGCAGCCCUUUCUGAAUCCUGCACUGCCCCCUGGCUACAGCUACACUGGCCUCCCCUACUACACAGGCAUGCCCAGUGCCUUCCAGUAUGGGCCCACCAUGUUUGUCCCUCCAGCCUCAGCCAAGCAGCAUGGUGUGAACCUCAGCACCCCCACCACGCCUUUCCAGCAGGCCAGUGGUUAUGGCCAGCAUAGCUACAGCACAGGUUAUGAUGACCUGACCCAGGGGACAGCAGCUGGCGACUACACCAAGGGAGGCUACAGUGGGUCAUCACAGGCACAAAGCAAGUCUACAGGUUCUGGGCCUGGCAAAGGAGUAUCAGUGUCCUCAAGCACCACUAGCCUACCUGAUAUGACUGGUUCCGUCUACAAGGCCCAGACUUUUGACAAGCAGGGAUUUCAUGCAGGGACUCCUCCACCAUUCAGCCUGCCCUCGGCCUUGGGCUCCACGGGGCCUCUGACCCCUGGCGCAGCCCCUGGCUACGUGCCCCCACCAUUCUUGCACAUCCUGCCAGCCCACCAGCAGCCCCACUCACAGCUGCUGCACCACCACCUUCCGCAGGAUGCCCAGAGCGGUUCUGGUCAGCGUAGCCAGCCCAGCUCCCUGCAGCCCAAGUCUCAAGGCUCGAAGCCUGCCUACGGCAACUCUCCGUACUGGACAAACUGAACCUUGAAGAGCAGUGGGCUGGGGUGGAGCUUACCCCAGGCAGGAGAGAACACAUGGAGCCCUUAUCUGGGAGCCCAGCACCCUUCCCUGGAAUUCCUGAGACAUGUAACUGUGUUAGCCGAGCCUCUAUGGGGAGCCUGCCUCCCAGACUAUUGUAUGUAAUGUAUUUAUGUAUGUAUUUGUAAAUGUGAUAGAAGUCUUAGGGGAGCAGAGGUAUGGACUGCCGGUAGCUAGGCCUGCUGUCCCUCCUCAAGCCCCUUCUCUGUGUAGCAAAGCCAGCCCCCUCCUCUCUGCCCUCAGGCCUUCCAUACAGACCCCUGCCCACCCAGCUGCUAGGGGCAGUCUUUGGAAGGGCUGGUUCCAAGGCAGUUUGGGUGUUGGGGUCAGGUAGCAAUGAAGAAUCACAGCUUAUCUCACACCCUUGUAAACACUGAGGUUUUGCCCCCGUGUACUUUAUCCCUCUUUUUGAGAAAAUGGCCCUUUUAUCAUUUGUCAUGUUUCUUGUCACGUUCUUUUUUUAUCUGGGAAUAGUAGAACUAUCCCCCUGCCUCAUGUAAAACCGGGCACACCUGUUUGUCUUCAUGUAGAGCAGGGGCUUCUGCUUCUGGUCUGGUCUUGUCCCCAGAGACUUGCCUUCUUCUGGCUGACCAUUUUUUAAAAAAUAAUCUGAACUUGGGCUCAGAUGCUCAGCCAGUCAGCUCCUCUUUAAAAAAAACCAAAAUCAAAGAUACGCUUUCACCUCAGUUGAGAGCACGUCUCCGUGCAAAGGCUCCUCUAUUCCAGUUGUCCUGAACCAGGUGGGGGACUGUUUCCAGGGGUUUUCUCUUUUGCCCAAACUCCACCUAAUAAAGUUCUGAGAGCAUCGCAUGGUCUCUGUGUGGUGACUGAGGGGUAGCUCAGGACAGAGGCAGCCUUCACUACGGCUCCAUGUCCUCUGCUUCUCCUGACAAUGCCUCUUGCCUUGGCCCCAAUCAGCAUCUGGGGAGUGAAAAGGUAAAUGAUAGGGCUGAAAAGACAGCUAAAUCUCCUGACAGGGUACAGGCAGUUUUUAUCGAAGUUAACUUUGCUGUUCCUGCGAUCCCUUCACGGACGGAGGGAAAGGGUGAUCAACCACCAGGGCAGGGUAAUUUUCUCCUAAACCUCAACUGACUUUCAAGUCUCAAGCGAAGCCAAGAAUUGACAGCAGCGUUGUAUGAACAAGCUCCAUGCCUUCCUGGUAAGCCUGUCUGCUCUCCAUUAACCACACAAUCUUGACCAGUGGUCUAGGGCUGUGGGAGAGGAGAGAUGACUGGUGAGUCAGCAGGCAGAUCCUGAGCUAAAUAUCUGCUCCGGAAAAGUCCCAACCAACCAUUCACCAGAGGCCAGGAUUCUGACCUCCCCAGCUGGAUUCAUGCUUCCAGGCCACCAGCAGAGAAGAGUCAGGGGCAUGAACUAACCCUGUCUGGCCAGCAGGAGGGGGCUCGCCCCACUCAGCUACAGUGCUCCAACCUGGCAAGCAGCUCAGGGCUGAGAGGUGCUGCCCGAGGUGUUAUGACCUCAUUUCAAUCCUAAAUAACCAGACCAGGCUAAUAAAUGAACAAAAUGAGACCUGCUUCGAGCCCAGUAUCGGUCAAGUCCAGGACCAGUUAGGGUCACAGGCUUACCUUUUCUGCUUUUGGCCUCUAGAGUCAGCUGCAGUGGUCAUUUCACUGACCGCUGUUAACACACAACCUGGGAUUGUGGCUAGAAAAAUGAGAAGUGUUCACAACAGAAACUAAAUAGGGGCUUUUAUUAAACAAUGUGAGGUUUCCCGACAGGAGUUUGGAAGACAAAUGACAAAACAAAAUGCUUGCCUAAGGAGGGCGUUAGAGCACCCCCCGUCCUCUCACUCACCUGCUCACAGUGGCAGACUGUGCCCUAGUUUAGAGUUCAGCUUAAAAAAUGGCUGGCUAUCUUAUCUUUAAGAACCUCUUUUAAAAAACUAGUAAAGACUGCAGAUGAUUAUUUUCCAGGGAGAUAGAGCUGGGCAGGAUGUUAUAAAAGGCAAGGCCAGCAAGUCCUGAUUUUUGUAAAUUCUUCAGCUGAAUCCUGGGCAUGACCUGAAAGGUAACAGCAAACAUACUCAGAGACCACCUUCAGUUUCUUUAACAAGAAAAAAGAGGUUCAUCCCAUGGGGAAGUAGCAAUACAGGUAUAUUUUAUUUCACAUUUUAUUAGUAGACAAAUGGGCUGAAAAAGACAAAAUAAAGCACUAAAAGGGAAGCCAACAUAAAAUGCAUCAGGUAAUCCUUUCCCAUAAGUUAAACUGAAGAAAAACAUCUACAAUUUCAACUAAGAAAACUAUUAAAAGUCAGAUGUGUCCUUGCUGGUUCAGUUGAAAAUUGCAUCUGAAUCUUUUUAGUUCGUAAAUGUAAACCUUAUUUAUCAGGAUGGGCAGGGUGGAGUUAAUUUUCAGUAGACAACUACGUACUUUCCCCUUCAAUCUCUUAUUACAAAUGUCCCAAACAAAAGGAAACCAGCAAGUAAAGAAGCAAUUACCAGGGAAGGGGGACAAGGGACUACAAAAAACUUUGGCUAAGAGAAAAAAAGUCUGGAAUGACAGGAAAUAAGGGGAUGUGUGGGGGCGGGGGGGAGGCUUUGCGAGAAGCGACAAUGGUGACGGUGUACUUGUCUCUACCCAGCCUUGAGCUACAAAGAACUGAAGAGCAUCCAGUGAGGCCUCAACUAGAAUCAAAGGCAGUCUAAAAAUGCACGAUCUUGAGUUCAUGUCACAUCAAAUCAUCAGCACAACUGUACUCACAAGGUUCUGGCCUAAGCCAGAGACCUCCACUCCCACAAAGGGAAAAAAAAAAAAAAAAAUUGUUUCCCCCACAGGAUAUAUUC